CAUGAAGUACUGACCUCUGAAAUUCUUUUGUUUUCUAUUAACGCGCGCAUGCGCAGUACAAAUUGCCUAUAUGCUGGAGGGAACCAUAAUCAUCAGUGAGAGCAAGUUUCGAGAAAAACUGAAUUUGUAAGCCACAAAAAAACCGCUAAAAUGUCGUCCAAAAGACUCCAGCAAACCCAAGCACAAGUAGAUGAGGUUGUAGACAUUAUGAAAAUUAAUGUCGAUAAAGUUCUUGAGAGGGAUGCAAAGUUAUCAGAGCUUGACAAUCGUGCUGAUGCUCUUACUGCUGGUGCCUCUCAGUUUGAAACUAGUGCCUCGAGACUUAAACGUAAGAUGUGGUGGCAAAAUUGCAAGAUGUGGAUAAUCUUAAUUAUUGUUAUCCUCGUAAUUAUUGCAGUGAUUGUCAUUUGGGUUCUCUCAACCACUGGAACUGGCUCUUCAGACAAAUCAACAACAAGCCCACCAUCUUCCUAAUAUUCACAGUUAAUACUUUAAAGGAGCUUGUGGUACACCCCAUGGCUUUACUACAGUGGACAAAGAUACUCCUAACAACCAACAAAAUUUAAUAUUUAGACUCAACAGUUACAGUAGAGUUCAUACAAUAUAACCGUGAAACCUUAGUGAUACUAAAUAGCACAAUUUUAUGCAAAUUCUAUUGUUUUCUAUUGUUUAAUUAGCACUAUUUUGUACUAUUUAGUAAUUAGUGUUUCACGGAUUAAUUGUUUGCACUCUACUCUUGUGUGUUCUCCUUCAUGGUAACUUAAGAUUUAUUUAGGUACUGUAGCUUCCAUAAAUGCGACAUAUUCAUCUUGAUUUAGAAUACAAUUAAUUAAAAACAACAAUUUUUAUAUUGAAAAUGUUGGAAAUUUCAAACCAUAAGAAUAAUACUGGUGACUUCCAGAUGGCUAUAAUAGGUUUCUUGUAAUCUGAAAAUACUGCAAAGGAAAGUAGAAAAAACUGCCAUGAUGGUGUGAAGGCAAAAAAAACCUUGGAAACAUGUUUUCAAUAGUUCCUCCCCAAAUUUGCUGAAGUGACCACAAAACAA